AUCCGCCGUCUGCGAUACCCCCUCCAGCUCCUCCCCAGACUCUCCCCCGCUGGGCAUUCUCUUCCUCUCUUUCCUUUCUAUCUUUCCCGAGGGCUGUCCCUGUUUUUCAGACAUCAUGGCUCCCUUCUCCAUCGCAGACAUCGUCGCCGCUCUGCCGGCCGAGGACACCUGGGGCCCCGCUACCUCCGGCGACAACAUGCUGGAGGGCGUCCCCUACGCCCCCUUCUCCAAGGGUGACAAGCUGGGUCGCAUGGCUGACUGGACUGCCGAGUCCAAGGACGCCAACCGUGGUGGUCGCCAGGCCUACAACCGCAACUACAGAGACCAGCAAGUCUACGGUGCCGGUUCCUCCAGCCUCUUCGCCGUCCAGGUCGCUGAAGACGAGUCUUCCUUCUCCGUCGUCGACAACACUCGCAGCUCCACCAAGCGUGGCUUCGGCCGCGGCGGUGGUACCGUCUUCCGUGGCCGCGCCCAGCGCGGCGGCGCUCAGCGUGGUGGUCGCGCUGGCUUCCAGCGUGUGGGUGCUGGCCGUGGUGGCCAGGGUGGUGACCGCUACUACGACAACCGUGCUGGCCGCAGCAACCGUGGCCGUCGCUUCGGCUGGAAGGAUUACGACAAGCCCCAGCGCACCCGCGAGCCCUCCGUCAACGUCCGCCCCGACUGGACCAUGCUGGAGGAGGUUGACUUCAGCCGUCUGUCCAAGCUGAACCUCGAGGCCCCCGAGGGCGAGGACGUCGACUCGUACGGUUUCAUGUACCACUACGACCGCUCCUACGACAAGGCCCCUGUCAAGAACGCCGAGCGCAGACUCCAGUCCCUCGACCGUGCCGCUUACAACGUCACCACCUCCCAGGAUCCCGUCAUCCAGGAACUCGCCGAGAAGAACGAGGCUACCGUCUUCGCCACCUCGGACAUCCUGUCCAUGCUCAUGUGCGCCCCCCGCAGUGUCUACUCCUGGGACAUUGUCAUCGUCCACCAGGGCAACAAGAUCUACUUCGAUAAGCGCGAGGGCGCCUCCCUGGACCUCGUCACCGUUAACGAGAACGCCGCCGACGCCCCCAUGGAGCUGGCCGACUCCUCCAACAAGCAGGAAACCAUCAACACCCCCAGCGCCCUGGCCAUGGAAGCCACCUUCAUCAACCACAACUUCGCCCUGCAGACCGUCGUCGAGUCUGAGGACAGCAAGGUCGACCUGGCCCACCCCAACCCCUUCUACAACGCCGCCGAGGAGUCCGAGCCCCUGGCCUCCAAGGGCUACAAGUACCGCCGUUUCGACCUCUCCCUCGAGCGCGAUGAGGAGCCCGUCAACAUGAUCGUCCGUACCGAGAUCGACGCCCUGAUGAAGAACCCCGUCAACGGCGAGGACCAGCAGCUGGUGAUCAAGGCCCUGAACGAGUUCGACAGCAAGGCCCAGGGCUCCGGCGGCGCCCUCGACUGGCGCAGCAAGCUCUGGUCUCAGCGUGGUGCCGUCGUCGCCACCGAGAUGAAGAACAACAGCGUCAAGCUCGCCCGCUGGACCACCCAGGCCAUCCUCGCCAAGGCCGACGCCAUGAAGCUGGGUUUCGUCUCCCGUGCCAACCCCCGCUCCGCCGCCGGCCACGUCGUCCUCGGCGUCAUCGGCUACAAGCCCCGCGAUCUGGCUGCCCAGAUGAACCUGAACCUCAGCACCGGUUGGGGUAUCGUGCGUACUAUCGUCGACCGUAUCCGUGCCCUCGAUGCCGAUGAGGAAGAGGACAAGGUCACCAAGUACGUCCUCAUCAAGGACCCCAACCGCCCUGUCCUCCGUCUGUACAGCGUGCCCCCUACCACCUUCGAUGAGGAUGAGGAGGCCGCCGCUGCCGAGGAGCAGGAGGGUGCUGAGGAGGAGACUGAGGAGUAAACGGGAUGAUGCAAAAUAUUUUCAUGUGCAUAUUGAUUGUUUUGAAAAGUUAGUUAACGAACGUACGUCUCCGUAUCUCAUAGCAUAGAGUAUUUGGUCCAUGGCUUUCUUAAUUUCUUUCCAUAAUAGCAACCCGAUUAUCUUAUUUC